AUGAGGCCCAGAUAUGACGAGCGGAUGGAUCUCGAGGACGAACCAGACUUUGGGCCAAAUCCACGAAGAGUGAACGAACAUCCCAAGGAAAUCCUAACGAUCAGUCAAGAGCAGCGAGGCGAGACGAGCGCAUCUGGUGGAAGUCGAAGAAAACGAACCGUGUCCACCCGAGAUGAGGAGCAUUCGGUCCACAUCCCAAUUAGACGGAACACACCACCAACAAGAGUCAAUACGAGCCGUGAAAGUUCCAACGUAUCGAGAAGGCAUGCUAAGGCGUAUGUUCGUCGGGCGUACAACACAGGACACCAAGUAAGCCGAGCGGAAGUCCGACAGCACAUGCCUAUGCCCACAAACCUGAUAAUGUUUUUGGACGAGAAAUCGUUCCCGUUCGACAAUCCACACUCCCACGCACUGCUGAUUACAGCCCCAAUCUUUCGUAUCUCCGUCCACCGAAUUAUGGUGGACACCGGCGCUUAUUCGCGCAUCUUGUACUUGACAAAGUUUCUCAAAAUGGGGAUAGACAUAAGUGAACUACGCCUGUACAACGAUCACAUUACAGGAUUCAACGGGCAGGCGACCAUACCAGAAGGGGAGGUCACGCUACCAAUCGAACUCGGAGGACCAGGAGCAAACAGACGAAGGAUCAUGGAAAUGUUCAAAGUAGUAAAGACGACCAGUGAAUACAACACCAUUCUGGGACAAACAACAUUGUACAAAUUGAAGGUAGCCGUAUCACUUUUCCACUACUCGAUCAAAUUCCCAACCGAGAACGGGACAGGGGUCCACUAUGGCAACCAGAGAGAAGCACGAGAAUACCCCAUCCGGAUAGCCAAGAGGAAACCCGGUCGGUGA